CUGGGACUACUAAGUGCCCAUGGUGCCGGUGACUCGUACGAAGAGAGGAGAGGACGAAAAGCGCCUCUGCCUCGAAGAGAGCGGAGCUCUCGAAGAGGACGAGGAGGAGCUCUUCGACCGAAAUCCACCUCUGUUUGACUUUUUUUUUUCUUCCUUUCCCGAAUGCGAAUUCUGGACUUAUCGAUUGAGACUGAGAAGCUGGUCCGAUUGGCCGGCUUUCGGGCCAGCUUGUCACCGAAUGCGAGUGGAGAAUUUGGAUUCGAAGACUGCGAGUCGGAACUCGAGGAGAACGCAAGAAGUCGGAUCCGUGGGCAGAUCUGUGCGAUUUGAAAAGCUUCGAUGAGAGUUUCGGAUGUCCAAGGUUCCGAUGGUGCAGUAAGACUCUUCUGGUUCAUCGGAGGAUUUCGCAAUGGGGGAGUCUGGUCACCUACCUCGAGUGAAAACGUAGCGCUCUGCGAGGCUCUCAGGAAAUCCCGAGGAUUGAAAGGGCGGGGAGAGAUUCUCUGUGUGCGUAGAUCUUGGAGUCAGAUAAGGUUGGAGAAGGGUUGUUGGGAAAGGGAAGGUUGUUGGAGGUGCCGAUGAGCAGAAGAAGCUCUGAUCACUUCGAGGCUGAAUGACGGAAAGCGAAUUCGAGGCAAAUGAGAAGGGUGAUGACGGUAUCGAAGGGCAGGUCCGUCCUUGGCUUGCCGUGCUCUGUCUCGGUGGCUUCAUGGACUCUUCUUCUCGUUCUGCUCCUCUCUUCCUCGUUCAGCCACAUCCAGAGAAGCGGAAAGAAAGCCACGGAGGAGAACAUCACCGGCUCAAAUGAAUUUUUCUGGAAUGCGAGGGAAGGGGUCGUACGCUCCCGCAGUCCAGACGGCUCGGAUUCAUUUCUCGAGAGGGGCCAGGGCUCCAGUGGUGAUUACCGCUCGUCCGUCCAGUUUGCAGACGCUUCGGAGCAGGACUGGUUAGACACCUACUCCGGUUCCAAGUCGUGUGACCUCGACGACGACGAGGGAAGUGUGUCAGCUGAUCGAUCCGUAUAUUCACAAGUCCUCUCAACAUCCUCAGGGAGCACACUGGAUGCUCUGCAAUAUGCGGAGUAUGGAGCCGGGCUGCUGCAAAAAUCAGGAGCAGCGGAGGAGGUCACCAAAGUCUGUCGACUGAGUAGCGAUGGUGGAGGUAGUUGCAGUGGGACGGUUACCGAUCAUAGUUCCUGCACAGGGCAUGAGUCCUCUGCGCAUCCGGUGAAAGGGGACUUUCUCUGCACAGGUGAAGUUUCAGCUGAAGAGUUUUGUCAGACGGUCGAGAUGGUGGAUUCCCAUCUCGUCUGCCGAAGAAUCACCGAGUUAGGGACAGGAUUGCCCGAGAUAGCAUGCAGUUCUAUGACAGAAUGUUUCACGUCAGGAAUAGACUCCAGAUUCUGCUACUAUGAUGGCUCCUUGUUGAAUCUGCUCCGUCCUCCUCCUGAAAUGCAUCGGAGUCCAGGUCAGUAUAGAUUGACUUGCUCGGAGACGGCCGUUGCUCACGAGACUUCCCAACCUGUAAGCACCCUCGCAUCAGAUCCUGAAUCCAGCCUGAUCGAGAGUCUUGAGGCAGAUGACGAGUCCACAACCCUCACUGGGUAUGACUAUGAUCCUAAAGCCACUGAUAUCCCCUUGCAGCAAGAUCCAUACUGUGAGGCCGAUGUUGAGGUAGCUGUUGAGGACCAAGUUACAGAGGUGCCAUUCCUGGCUCCAAGUGAACUCCAGGAAGUAGCAGACGAGGACGUUGGUCGAAUAUCGUCUGAAGGAAACCUCAUGGAUAUUCGAAAUCAGAGGUUAGAGGAUAGUGUUCUAUUAUCUAUGAAUCUGUACACUGAUACUGAUACGCUUGGCCUUGGUAGCGUUGCAGAGGAGAAUGGGGGAGCUGCUUCCCCACUCCCAAACCUCGGAAUAGGAAUCGUAGAUGAGGUUCUGACUGAAGAACUUCAGCAUAUCGCUCAUGCCAUUGAUGGAGGGCCUUUCAAAGACAAGCCCCUAAUGUCUACCGGAGCGGACAAUGGAAUGCAGUUGGAGCCCGUGAAAUUGAGAAGAGUGGGCUCCGUCAUGAGUUUGGAUGAGUACAAAAGGUCCAUCCUUGAAAAACAGCAGAAGGUUGGAAACGAUGUAAAUUUAAGUGUCGUUCAAACUCAAAAACUGCGUCAUAGUGAUGAGACUUACAAUUAUGCAGCCUCCUCACAUGGCGCGAAAGUCUUGAGUUCCAACAAGGAAGCGAAAGGACCUAGUCAUAUCAUCAGUUCAGACAAGGACAAGUAUCUUCGGAACCCUUGUAGUGCAGAAGAAAAAUACGUAGUGUUAGAGCUUUCAGAGGAGACGUUUGUAGACACAGUUGUAAUUUCCAAUUUUGAGUUCCAUUCGGCCAACUUGAAGGACUUUGAGAUCUUCGGAAGUCCAGUGUACCCAGCCAAGGAGUGGAUCCUCAUGGGGAAGUUCCGAGCUGAGAAUGUAAGGCACAGACAGAAGUUUAGCGUAGAAGAUCCCCAGUUGGUGCGUUACAUCAAGCUGAGAAUGCUUACUCAUUGGGGUUCCGAGUUCUUUUGUACACUUAGUGCAGUUGAAGUUUACGGAGUCGACGUCAUCAAAAAUCUUCUGGAUGACUGGAUUGCACACGAAGAGGGGGAGGCGGUGCUGAGGGCCCAGAUGAGUGGUAGUGACUCGAGCAUUAUUCCAAAUGCACUAGAACCAGAGGCAUUGCAGGGUUUGGCGGGAUCUGUCGAUCCGUCCUCUCCUGACCCACCCACAGGUGAGUCCUCCCUCGAGAUGUCCACCCGUCCAGACGACGGAUCACAUGAAAACAGAGAAAAAAAACCGGAGGGGUCUUCAAGAGACGAUGAACUCAAUGCUGGGGUGUUUGGAUCGGAAGUUCAUCAUUCAGCAGGAGGGAAGACUCCUGGAGACUCUGUGCUCAAACUCUUGAUGCAAAAAGUGAAAGCAUUAGAGUUGAGCCAGACGCUGUUCUACAAUUAUCUCGAGGAGAUGAAUUACAAGUAUAAAGCGAUGAUAAGUGAACUAGACAAGGAUCUUGUUAUGAUGACCGAACGAGUUCGGGAUGAGGCGGCCGUUUCAGCAUCCUUAAUGAUGCGUCUCGCUGACAUGGAGCUGAAGCGGAAGGAAGAGAGAGCCUACUUGGAGCACAGGUUCGCCAUGAUAGCCAUUAACUUCACCGAAAACGUCGAUUUCAUGAGGUGGCAGAUACAGAGCAUGGAGCGCCGAGAAAUCACAGCUGUGAUUUUGGCCCUAUUAUGCUUGACUCUCUCGGGACUGCUGCACCUACUGGCCAGUUGCCUACCCACAAGAAGUUCUACAAAGAACAUCAUAUUGCAGACGGUUGCAGAAGACACCGAUGAGCUGGUUGACACUUGUAGAAUAUCGAUGGUAUGCAAACGAUCUUCAUCAGUAAUUCUCUAUCUUGCUAGUGGUCUGACGAUUCUGGUUCUUACAGUUUGAAGGAGAACCUUGAGGAGGCAACCAUCCUCCACGGUUUUCUGCUCAAUCAAACUGCUACGAAGGAACGAGAGUCUUGCAGACAUGUGCGGAAGCAUCAAGCAAUUUGGACGACUCUUUCUUCUUGAACAGGUGUUGGAUGUCGGCCAAAUACAUGAAAUAAUGCGGUUUUGUGAGAAGUUUGAACGCAUCUUUCAUAUUUCCAGAGUUUGGAGACCGAGGCUUCCCGUCCUCUUUGCCAAUGCUCGAGGAUAUAAGUGCACUUGGUCCUGCAAAUGAAGUCUCAGAAGUUGGAACACGCACCACCAAGUGAGUGUGCAUAUUUUUUUCAAUUUUCUUCCAACUAUUUAAUAUUGUUCAUUCUCCUAUGGUAAAUAGGUUUGGCGAAUUCAGUGGCAGUCGUGUUGACAGUAUGCUAUCUGCUAUAAUGAAUAGCAUAGUGCUCAUGAGAUAGAUAGAAUGAGCUCUCAAGUCGGAGAGGCUUUUCGAUGUUGAAAAGUUUAUAUCAUGCGAAAUCAAUGGACCGAAACGUCCUUCAACCAUAUGAUAAAUGUAAUAUUACAGAUGUAUUAUACGAGUUGUUUCCCAUCAUGAAAACUACUUGAUAUCAAGUAUGCGCAAAGAAAUUCAUGGAGUCCAAUUGUAGAUUGAAGUUGGUUGAUACUGAUCGAAAGAAUUGGACUAGUUCAUAUAAGUGGGAAAACUCAAUUAAGAAUAUGUUGCAGGAAUUUAUAUAAAUUUUCCUUUGCAGACUUUUACCUUUAUGGUUAGAUGUAUGUUCAGUUAACAAGACUAUCAUAAUACAAGAGAAUUCGAAAAAAAUG